AUGGAAAUGAGCAACUAUAUUGAAAGUUGGCAUAACCAAUUGGAGAAAAAUUAUUUACAAAGAAAGAAGAAUAAAAGACUGGAUCGCUUAAUCGUUAUCUUGGUUGAAGAUACUCAUACCGAUUUUAUGCACGACACCACAAGGAUGGCCGCCAAUAUUGAACGUAUGAACUCACAGACAGGAGAGACAAGAAAGAGAAUGACUGCAGCGGAAGAGAUCAAUGAGCUGUCAUUAGAAGAUAUUGUGCAGAAAGUGUAUAUCGAUGAAGAAGUUUGUUACAUUGUCAAGUCUUUCACAACAGAAGUUGUAUACGAUAUAUCAACUGAGCAAGGAACGAUGACUGCUUGUAACUGUAUAGACUUUCAACGAAAUAGGCGUGCCUCCAAGAUAGGUUGUCACGAUAGUAAUAAGAGAAAUGCUACAGUGUACUUACGGUAUUACCUAGGAAUUGACGCUAGCUUGAGAAUUGAUACUAUGAAUGAGACAACACUUAUCCAAAAUACUAUGGAGAAUAAUCAUAUCGAAGAAGUUACUGAAAGCUCUAAUGCGCUUCAAUCAGAAACACCAUCUGAAGCUGGAAGUAGAACGGAUGAGUUGUUGACAAGCAUCACCAAUGUAUGCAGACAAGCUUUAGAAAGUCGUAUACAUUUAGCUUUUGAAAAUAACAAUAGACUGUUACAAAUAUAUAAUGAACGAAGAUGA